CGUCUCUGCCGUUACAACAGCGAUCAGGCUGCGGCUCGUGCUCUCGGUACUCAUGGCGUGUGCUCUAGGUUCGGUGGCCGCAUGUGCGUGCGUCCUCGUGCUCGUGGUGGUCUGGGUCUCGUACCGGCUGCUCCGGAACUUCCUGCAGAUGUGGAGCGAGUUGAAGUCCGUCCCGAGCAUUGGUGUGGCCUUCCCUCUGCUCGGUCACGCACUGCAGCUCAAGACCAAAGCCGGAGAGUUUUUUUCGCAGGUGAUUGAAUACACGAAUGAGUUUCGGGACACUCCGCUGUUCAUGCUAUGGGUCGGACCAAUACCCUUCGUCUUCCUCUACCACUCUGAGACUAUUGAGCGGGUUCUGAAUAACUCACUGCACAUGGACAAGGCUUAUGCUUAUAAGUUUUUGCACCCCUGGCUUGGAACUGGACUGCUGACGAGUACAGGGGAUAAAUGGCGGCGCAGAAGAAAACUCCUCACACCAACCUUCCAUUUCUCCAUCCUUUCCGACUUCCUGGAGGUGAUGAACGAGCAGGCAGAGGUCCUCGUUGACAAACUUCACAAGCACGCAGGAAAAGGACCCUUCAACUGCUUCAACCACAUCACACUCUGCGCCCUCGACAUCAUCUGUGAAACAGCCAUGGGAAAGAAGAUUUAUGCACAAAGCAACCACGACUCUGAGUAUGUGCGCGCUGUCUAUCGGAUGAGUGACCUCAUCAGCAAGCGCCAGCGGAUGCCAUGGUUCUGGCCGGACUUUGCGUUCCAGUAUUUCGGCGAUGGCAAAGAGCAUGACCGCUGUCUAAAAAUCCUGCACUCCUUCACGGAGCGUGUCAUUCGUGAAAGGGAGGAGCAUGGAGUCCACUACACGGAGUCCGACAGUGAAUCCGAUCAGAGAAAGAAGAAGAGGCGGGCCUUCCUGGACAUGCUGCUGAAGACGACAGAUGAGGACGGGAACAAGAUGAUACACCAAGACAUCCGGGAGGAAGUGGACACUUUUAUGUUCGAGGGUCAUGACACUACAGCGGCUGGUAUGGCCUGGGCCAUUCACCUGCUGGGGGCUCAUCCUGACAUACAGAGGAAAGUUCAGCAGGAAGUGGAUGAAGUUUUUGGUGACUCUGACAGGCCCGUUAGCACUGAAGACUUGAAGAAGAUGCGUUACUUGGAUUGUGUGAUUAAAGAGGUGCUGCGUAUCUUUCCAUCUGUGCCGUUCUUUGCUCGUAGCAUCUCUGAAGACACAAAGAUCAAUGGCUACAAUGUGCCUAAAGGUGUAAAUGUGCUCAUAUUAACAUAUGCACUUCACCGUGAUACGCGAUUCUUCCCCGAGCCUGAGGAGUUUCGUCCAGAGCGCUUCCUGCCUGAGAACAUGGGGGGACGAACCCCGUACUGCUACAUCCCUUUCUCUGCAGGCCUGCGCAACUGCAUUGGUCAACGUUUUGCUCUGAUGGAGGAGAAGGUGAUUCUGGCCUCCAUCUUGCGUUCUUUCAACAUCGUGUCAUGUCAGAAGAGAGAUGAGCUGAAGCCACUUGCAGAGCUUGUCCUCAGACCUGAGCAAGGCAUCUGGAUUAUGUUGGAGAGGAGACGCCGCUAACACACACACACACACACACACACACACACACACACACACACACACACUAUAGGUACCAUUUAGA